CGGCGCCUCACCGUGCGCCUCGAAACGUGGCCGCUCAAGGGCGCCUUCCGCAUCUCCCGCGGGUCGAAGACGGAGACGCACGUCGUCGUCGCCGAAGUCGCCGACGGCCCCCACACCGGCCGUGGCGAGGCCGUCCCCUAUCCCCGCUAUGACGAGACACCGGCGCGAACGCGCGCGGAGAUCGAGGACGCGCGCGAGGCUGUGGAGGGCGGGCAUACCCGCGAAGGCCUGCUGGACGCGCUGCCGGCCGGCGCCGCUCGCAACGCGCUCGACUGCGCGCUCUGGGACCUGGAAGCGAAGCAGGCGGGCCGCCCGGCCUGGGCAUUGGCAGGCCUCGAUAGGCCAGAGCCCUGCGUCACCGCCGUCACACUCAGCCUCGAUACACCCGAGAAUAUGGGUGAGGCCGCGGCCCGGCACGCGCACCUCCCUCUGCUCAAGCUCAAGGUCACCGGCGAAGGCGACCUCGCGCGCAUCCAGGCAGUCCGCGCCAACGCGCCCGAUGCGAGGCUGAUCGUCGAUGCGAACGAAGGCUGGUCGCCGCCGAUGCUGGAUGAGCUGCUGCCGGCUCUCGCCGCGCUCGGAGUCGAGAUGGUGGAACAGCCGCUGCCGGCGGCAGACGAUGUGGCGCUCGAAGGCCGCAGCUUCGCGCUCCCGCUCUGUGCCGACGAGAGCUGCCACACACGCGCCGACCUGCCUGGGCUCGCCGGCCGCUACCCCAUGGUCAACAUCAAGCUGGACAAGACCGGGGGCCUCACGGAGGCGCUCGCGCUCGCGGCCGAAGCGCAGGCCAUGGGCUUUCGCAUCAUGGUGGGCAGCAUGGUCGGCACCUCGCUCGCCAUGGCGCCGGCGGCCUGCUCGCCGGCUUCGCCGACUACGUCGACCUCGACGGUCCCCUGCUGCUGGCCCGCGACCGCUCGCCUGGGCUCAGCUACGACGGCGCGAUGA